CUCCCCACAGGUGUGUCCCUGGGCCCUGUGGCUGCCUGCCCCACUCCCUGCCGAGACGCCCGCCGGAAAGGUCUCCCACCCUGUAGCCCCCGUGAGCCCCAAACAGACCAGCCAAGCGACCUGCGAUGGAAGCUGCAGAUGCCUCCAGGAGCAACGGGUCGAGCCCGGAAGCCAGGGAUGCCCGAGGCCCCUCGGGCCCCAAUGGCAGCCUGGAGAAUGGCACCAAGGCCGACGGCAAGGAUGCCAAGACCACCAACGGGCACAGUGGCGAGACAGCCGAGGGCAAGAACCUGGGCCCCACCCUGAAGCCAGGGGAAGGGAAGAGCGCCCUGUUCUCGGGCAACGAGUGGCGGCGGCCCAUUAUCCAGUUUGUCGAGUCCUCGGACGACAAGAGCUCCAACUACUUCAGCAUGGACUCGGUGGAAGGCAGGAGGUCACCGUACGCGGGGCUCCAGCUGGGGGCUGCCAAGAAGCCGCCAGUCACCUUUGCUGAGAAGGGGGAGCUGCAGCUGCGCAAGUCCAUCUUCUCGGAGCCCCGGAAGCCCACGGUGUCCAUCGUGGAGCCGGGAGAGGCCCGGCGGAACAGCUACCCCCGGGCCGACGCGGGCCUCUUCUCCCGGCCCAAGCCGGGCUCCGAGGAGGUGCUGUGCGACUCCUGCAUCGGCAACAAGCAGAAGGCCGUCAAGUCCUGCCUGGUGUGCCAGGCCUCCUUCUGCGAGCUGCACCUCAAGCCCCACCUGGAGGGCGCCGCCUUCCGAGACCACCAGCUGCUCGAGCCCAUCCGGGACUUCGAGGCCCGCAAGUGCCCCCUGCACGGCAAGACCAUGGAGCUCUUCUGCCAGACCGACCAGACCUGCAUCUGCUACCUCUGCAUGUUCCAGGAGCACAAGAAUCACAGCACCGUGACGGUGGAAGAGGCCAAGGCCGAGAAGGAGACAGAGCUGUCACUGCAAAAGGAGCAGCUGCAGCUCAAGAUCAUUGAGAUUGAGGAUGAAGCUGAGAAGUGGCAGAAGGAGAAGGACCGCAUCAAGAGCUUCACCACCAACGAGAAGGCCAUCCUGGAGCAGAACUUCCGGGACCUGGUGCGGGACCUGGAGAAGCAGAAGGAGGAGGUGAGGGCUGCGCUGGAGCAGCGGGAGCAGGAUGCCGUGGACCAGGUGAAGGUGAUCGUGGAUGCGCUGGACGAGAGGGCCAAGGUGCUGCACGAGGACAAACAGACCCGAGAGCAGCUGCACAGCAUCAGCGACUCGGUGCUGUUUCUGCAGGAAUUUGGCGCAUUGAUGAGCAAUUACUCUCUCCCCCCGCCCCUGCCCACGUAUCACGUCCUGCUGGAGGGGGAGGGCCUGGGGCAGUCGCUGGGCAACUUCAAGGACGACCUGCUCAAUGUGUGCAUGCGCCACGUUGAGAAGAUGUGCAAGGCGGACCUGGGCCGUAACUUCAUUGAGAGGAACCACAUGGAGAACGGUGGCGACCAUCGCUACAUGAACAACUACACGAACAGCUACGGGAGUGAGUGGACUGGGCCGGACCCCAUGAAGAGAUACUCCAUGUACCUGACGCCCAAGGGGGGGGCCCGGACAUCGUACCAGCCCUCCUCGCCCAGCCGCUUCUCCAAGGAGACCAGCCAGAAGAACUUCGGCAAUCUCUACGGCACCAAAGGUAACUACACCUCCCGGGUCUGGGAAUACUCCUCCUCCAUUCAGAGCUCCGACAACGACCUGCCUGCAGUGCAGGGCAGCUCCUCCUUCUCCCUGAAAGGUUACCCCUCCCUCAUGCGGAGCCAGACCCCCAAGGCCCAGCCCCAGACUUGGAAAUCCGGCAAGCAGACUUUGCUGCCUCACUACCGGCCAUUCUACGUCAACAAAGGCAACGGGAUCGGGUCCAACGAGGCCCCGUGAACUCCAGGCAGGAGGCACCGCACCCCCACUCUCUCUGCUGACCCUGCUGCUCUCGCCUCCUAAGCUGCUGUGCUCGUCUAGGUGGGAGGGAGCCCACCCUGCACCUGCCUCCCCCAGCCCUCCCUGGCCUCCCGGUGCAGUCCUGGCCUCCCCCCUUCCCCAUGGGCCAUGCUCCACUCAGGCCCCUUCCUGCCUUGUGACUCCUAAUGUCGCCACGGCUCCUGCACUCAGAGGCCCUCCCACGGUUGGGGCAGGAUAGGUGGGGCCUCCUCUGACCCACCACCCUCCUUCUCUUGGGCUGCACACGGGGUCAGCAGUAAGUACCCAUGUGGCAUCAGCCUGCCUGUCCCACCCACGCCCUGCUGUCUCUAGGCCCUUGACUGUCUCGCCCACAGCCCCGUCCCCCUGAUGUGGUCUGGAGGUGGCAGGCCAGGACAGCCGCCCCUCUGUCACCCACAAAGCCUCACCUCCUGCUUCCCAGCAGCCUGGCACUGUCAGGAGAAGACUGUCCCCAUGUGUCCUCUCUUCCUACCUACCAAUGCCCAGCCAAGCAGAGCCUGCAGCCCUUGGCCGCCACAGAGGGAAACCUCACAGUGUCUUGGCAUCACCCUGCCCAGGCCGUGGGGCUCCGGUGCAUCCACUUUGAGUCUGGGGUCCCCAGAGGCUGGGCUGUCCUGGCCGGCAAAGUGAUUUUAGCCAAGACGUUCCUCUCUCCCGCCUACUGGGACUGGCAAUGCCCUUGACACGACAUAACCCACCCCUGAAAAUAGCGACUGGCCCCGCUGCCCCCCUGGAGUGGAAGGUGUGGCUGCACAGGUGACAGCAGGAGCUACUGACAAGGUGACUGA